AUGAUGUGUCUUAAGAGGCAAACUUUGGACUCGCAUGACUCCCUGCCUCCGUAUCCAUUAUCGAGGGGAAGACGAUGUGUGCCUCGUGCCGGCCACGGGGUAAUUAGGCUGGGCCCAGCUGGCCGGUGCCCUGACGACAGUCCGGUCGGAUCACAAUCGCUUCCGACUGUACUCGCCGGACGGGCGGUAGGUGGUCUUACAUUUCCCCACCUCUGCAGUCGUCCUCCUUCGAGUCUCGCCCUUGUGCUUUUGCUGUCCGCCUCUGUUGACCUCGAACGUGUCACAGCAGAGAGAUACGCCCACAAUUGCAAAAGAGGCCUGGGCUUUUGUCACAAGCCGUUGUCAAGUCACCCAAAUAGACAGUUAGUAGCACUAUACCUACCGGGCAUGUAA